CACAGAGAGAAAAUGAUUUUCUCAACAAAAAAAAAAUGAACCGUGAAAGUAAAAAACGCGGCGACGGGAUCUAAUUCCAGAUUUAGAGGUAGAGACCGAGUGUACACUUCUAGACCCGGGGCUAUCAAAUGGAGGAGAGUUGCAGUUGGUGGCGUAUGGUAGUGCACAAGCGACGACCGGUGAUACGGUCCAUUUCCAAUCGCUUAGGCCACAACAUUACUCGGUCGGGAUCAAUUCUUACAUUGCUGGGUUCGAAAUUGUCCCACUACCGGUGUCUAUACUGGAUGAUGGGAUUACUCUUCUUUGGGAAGCAAAAGGUAUCUAUGUGCAAUGGCCACGUGCUUGGGUAAGGUUGAUCAACGAGAUUUCGAAAAAAGGCAAAUAUCAAAGAGAAGGAAGGUGGAGAAGCCUAAAAGUGUUGAUCAACCUACAAAGAAGAUGAGUGGACAAGGGUCGAAGAGUGAACAAGUGUCGAAAAAGAAUUCUUCGAAAGGUUCAGCCAUGCAACCUACUCCACUUGUUGGAGACAAUGUCCUUCAAUCGCUCACUAAGGAUUUAAAUUUUCUACACAAUCGUUUUAGUCAUUUGCCUAGUGACGAUCCCAUUGAAAUUGCACUUUCUAAGGCAAUGUUCCACUAUGAUGAGGAUGCAAGUGCAUGGUUAAACAAACAAGAUGUGAAGGAAUUUUUAAGAGGUUCAAUGCUUAACAUUUCUCUCAUUCAAAUAUUCAUGAGAGCACUACGGGAGCACUUAAGUGACACUAAUUCCCCUAGUAAAGUUGGGUGGUUAUGCCCCGAACAGACAUCCGAGACUAGAAUCUUACACAACUCCCCCGAGGUGAUGUAUUAUGUUAAUCAUAGUAUUAGGGAAUCAAUGUGUGCGGGAGACAAGUUCAUAUUCGCCCCAUGUUAUGAGGAGUUUUAUUGGUUCCUCAUGGUGAUUUGUCCUGCUAAUAACACAAUCUUUCACCUUGAUUCAGCUCGAUCAACAAAGAAUUACCUCGUGAUGUCUGUACUACAAAAUAUUAUGUAGAAGAUACAUGGUCGUGCUCCACGGGGUCCUACAUGGAAAUCACCUAUGUGCCCACAACAAGAUAAUGGAGUUGAUUGUGGAUUAUACGUGAUGAGAUUCAUGCUUGACAUAGCGACUCAUUGUACCAACACCAUACAUCUUGAUGAGUUUUGCAAGGUGCAAAAGGGAGAUCCGUUAACAAGCAAGGACUUUAAUGAAGUUCGAGACAUGUUGGCAUCUUUCAUCACCUUCAAUUUGUAAAUGUCACAUCAUUUUGAAUUUAUACUUUGUUAAUUAACUUUUAGACUACAAUAUGACUAGUUAGUAUUGUUUGUAUUUAUGUAUAUCACACUUUAUUUGUUGUAUUGCAUUUGGUUUUUAAUUAUUAAUGUCUAAAUAUAUAUUUUUAAUUCUUGUUAUGAUUAUUAAUAAUAAUUAUAUUAUGGCAGAAUUUAUAGCAAUAAUAUGGCAGAAUAUUAUAGCAGAAUAUUAUCGCAGGAUCAGUUGCAGGAAUAAUUGCAGGCAAAACGAAAAAAAAAGAAAAAAAAAAUAUCCCUAUUAUUGCCACCGGUUAACCGGUGGCAAAAGUCCCCAAAAAAACCGCGCAUUUAAAUUGCCACCGGUUAACCGGUGGCCCUAACUAUUAUUACCACCGGUUAACCAGUGGCAAUAAGGCUUUUUGCCACCGAUUUUGAACCGGUGGCCUUGCUUGGCUUUAUUG